GCUACUAGGCUCCCGGCCCGGCAGCAUCCACAGCUGUCGGCCCCCGCCAGGCUGCAGGAAGCGCCGGCGACACCAGCUCGCCCGCGGCCUGGGCUCCGGGGAGGCGGCCGGCGCCCCCGAAUGUGGAACCCUGGGCCUCGGCACUCCCGUGGGAGCCUUUCACGAGGUCGGCCACGUCUUUGUUGUGUACUGUCGCUGAACUUUUGGUCUGUUAAACAACUAGACACGCACUUAUUGCCUGCCCACUGUGUGCCUGGCGCUGUGCUUAGGUGCUGGGGUGUGAUCUCAGUCAGAUAACGUUCUGGACCUGCCAGACUGUCCUGGCUACUGGCAUCUCAGCUCAAGAUGUAUGAAGCUUUGCCAGGCCCUGCUCUUGAAAAUGAAGAUGACUUUGUGAAAUUGAAAGAGGAAGAUCCCACCUGGGACCAGGUGUGUAGUGCACAAGAGGACAGUUCCCACACUCAGGAGCUCUGCCGUUUGCGCUUUCGGCAGUUCUGCUACCAGGAGGCUUCUGGGCCCCUGGAAGCUCUAGCCCAACUCCGAGAACUUUGUCAUCAGUGGCUAAGGCCAGAGAUGCACAGCAAGGAGCAGAUCCUGGAGCUGCUGGUGCUGGAGCAGUUCCUGACCAUCCUGCCCAGAGACCUCCAGACCUGGGUACAGAGGUAUCCUCUGGAGAGUGGGGAGGACGUAGUGACAGUGCUGGAGAAUCUAGAGACCAGAAGUGGAGACACAGGACACCAGACAUCAGUGAAGACUGAGGAAGAAACAGCCCAGGCCCCUGCCCCAUGGGAGUGGCCACAUCUGAGUCUGGCUCAGAGGAACCUCUGUGGGAACUCAGCUCAGAGGAAGGUUGCAAGCCUCAGUCUGAUGACUGAAGAAGUUGUAACUAAAGAUGGAUUGUUUAAUGCAAAGCAAGAAACUUCUGAAGAAAUGGAACAAGGUCAGGCGAUCUCAGGAACACCCAACAGAGGUCAUGCACCCCACAUCCCCUGUACUCCGGUCCCUAUUGAAAGGACAGUUACACAUUUGAACACUCUGAAGGACCAUCACCUGGGUGACUUGUGGGCCCAGACACACAUCUCAUCCUUGGAAUAUUCUACAGGCACUAUGACCCGAAAAGGGAGAAAAAAAGACAAAGCUCGAGUAAGGGAACUACUCCAAAGCCUUGCAUUUUCUGGUGACUCAGACAUGGAGGAAGAUAAUGAGCCUGAGACCCAGCCUGCUCAAAAGAAGCUAAAAGUGCCAAGUGUCCCAGAAAAAAAUUGGACCAAAAGAGAUAUUAAACCCAACUUUCCAAGCUGGUCAGCCCUGGAUUCUGGACUUUUGAAUCUCAAGAGUGAAAAGUUGAACCCAGUAGAGCUCUUUGAAUUAUUUUUUGAUGAUGACACAUUCAACUUAAUUGUCAGUGAAACCAAUAAUUACGCUUUUCAGAAAAGUGUCAGCUUGGCAGUCACAAUUCAGGAAAUGAGGUGUGUGUUUGGUGUUCUGCUUUUGAGUGGAUUUGUGAGGCAUCCCAGAAGGGGAAUGUAUUGGGAAGUCCCUGAUGCUGAUCAGAACUUUGUUAGAGAUGCAAUUAGAAGGGACCGAUUUGAAUCAAUUUUCUCAUACCUGCACUUUGCAGAUAAUGGCCACCUAGAUCAAAAAGAUAAGUUUACAAAACUGAGGCCUCUCAUACAGCAAAUGAAUAAAAAUUUCCUCUUGUAUGCUCCCCUGGAAGAAUACUAUUGGUUUGAUAAAUCAAUGUGUGAAUGCUUUGAUAGUGACCGAUUCCUGAAUGGAAAGCCUAUUAGAAUUGGCUAUAAAAUCUGGUGUGGUACCACCACACAGGGUUAUUUGGUUUGGUUUGAACCUCAUCAAGAAGAAUCAAGUAUGAAGGCAUAUGAAGAUCGUGGCCUUGGAUUAGGUGGAAAUCUAGUGAUGAGCUUUGCUGAUGUCCUUUUAGAGAGAGGUCAAUAUCCUUAUCACCUGUGUUUUGAUACCUUCUUUACAAGUGUCAGAUUGGUGUCAGCCUUGAAGAAGAAGGGGGUGAGGGCAACAGGAAUGAUUAGGGAGAACAGAACAGAAAAAUGCCCCCUUAUGAAUGGAGAACAUAUGAAAAAAAUGAAGAGGGGGUAUAUUGAUUUCCGAGUGGAAGAAAAUGAUGAAAUAAUUUUGUGUCGUUGGUAUGGUGAUGACAUUAUCAGUCUGUGUUCCAAUGCUGUAGGCAUAGAACCAAUUAGUGAGGUAAGUUGUUUUGCCAAUGAUGAAGAGAUCCCUCAGAUAAGUCAGCCAUCCAUUGUGAAAGUGUACAAUGAAUGCAAGGAAGGUGUAGUUAAAAUGGAUCAAAUUCUUUCCAAAUACAGGGUGAGGAUAAGAAGCAAGAAAUGGUACUCAAUUUUGAUGAGCUACAUGAUUGAUGCAGCCAUGAACAAUGCAUGGCAACUACAUAGGACCUGUAACCCAGCUGACUCUCUAGACCUCUUGGAUUUUCGGAGAUGUGUUGCGCAUUUCUACUUGGAACACAAUGCUCAUCUGUCAAAUUGAGGCAAACAAAUGGAUACAAUGCAGACAUUAGAAAUACAUAGAAAAAAUGAUAACUACACAUUAGAUUGUUCCCUUCCAGAGCAAAUCUGUUGUAUAUAGUGAAAAUAUUAAGUAAUAUUUU